AAGCUAUAUAUAAACAUAGAUUCUUUGUGUAAUACAAUUUUAAAUGUAAUUACGUUAUAAUGCAACUAAUAAAUUGUAAUUAUGACAGCUCACUAACUUAGAGUUUUAAUGUAAUACAAAAUGACAUUUACAGUAUUUAUGAUGUAAUCUUCGCCAAAUAAAUUUUAUUACAGAUCACAAUUUCCAACAAUAUUUGCAUAACCAUGUUUUUAGUUAGUCUCGAAUGAUGUUAUUAUAUAGCACAUAUUAUUUCUGUAGGCACGUAGCAAAGAAAGUACUGUUAUGUCCCGCGUCUCGAACAGAAAUGAAGAAGCGUCGGAAACGUGCAAAAGCGACGUUGCAAUUGCGCUUGCGCCGAUCGAAUGUAAAAGAGAAAUAUGAAACACAUACACAAAAAAAAUUGUUUUAUUACGCAAAUAAUACCGUUUACCUAUGACUUAUUGAUACGGACAGUAGCUAAAUAUAUGUAAAAACUAUCAUUCGCAUGGCUAUAGUAAACUAUUGUAAUUUUAUAAAAAAAAUAGCACAUUAUUUUACAUACGCAGAAAUAGUAUUAUAAUCUAUAAUCAAACAUGCGCGUACUAAAUUUGAGUGGUAACUCGUGGAAAGAAAUUCGACACAAACGCGUUAUAACAUUCAUACCAAAAUGGCAAAAUUGCUCGAUGAAUAGAUACUAUACGAUGAACCGAAUUCUGUUACUAUGUGUUGGCUUAUGGCCGUAUCAAAAGUCUAGUUCCAAAUAUAUCAUAAUACCAUUUAUGACCAUAAUGCUUACAUCUGGCGUAAUAGCCCAGCUAAUGACUUUUGUCACAACAGAGUACAGUACAGAUAUUUUACUACAUAUCCUCACCUACACCAUUCCAUGGCUAGGCUAUACAUUAAAAUAUAAUGCACUCUGUUUAAAUAUGAAACAAAUGCGAGAUCUUAUGGAACGAGUGUGUUGUGAUUGGAAUGAAUUAAACAACAUACAAGAAAUUGAAAUAAUAAAAGAAUAUUCAGCUUUCGGAAGAUUUAUUACAUUAGUUCUAACAUUGUUUAUGUAUACAUGUAUUUCUUGCUUCAUUCUGGUACAGUUUCUAUCAAAUAUUCUAAUAGACAUCAUGUCCAGUAAAAAUGAAUCUCAUUUACGACAAUUUCCAAUCCUAAUUGAAUGUUUCAUAGAUCAACAGAAAUAUUUUUUUCCAAUUUUGUUGCAAUUAUGUGUUGUUGUUAUAUGUGGUCUAACCACAGUACUAGCUGCUGAAACGAUUAAUAUGUUAUAUACACAACAUGUUUGUGGAUUGUUUGAAAUAGCUAGCUACCGCAUAGAACAAGCAUUACACCCAGAUAUUAUACAAAGUAUUGCACCGACCAAAAGAAAUUCAAUGAUAUAUCAAGAAAUAAUCAAUGGAUUUAAUAUGUAUAGAAGAGCAACCGAAUUUAUGGACUUAUUGAAGAUAAAUAUUAAACGAACAUAUUCAUUACUAUUACCCUUAGGGGUACUGUCGCUGAGCAUUAACCUUUACCGCUUUUCUCGAUUAAUAGACUCUAAAGACUAUUAUGAGAUGAUUGUUAGUUUUAUAUUCAUUAUUGGCCAUUUUGGAUACAUGUUAUUUGGUAACUAUUUAGGACAGAAAAUAAUCGAUCAUAGCAGCGAUAUUUUUUACAAAACAUAUAAUGUGCAAUGGUAUACAGCUCCAUUGCGAGCGCAGAAGUUAUUGCUGCUUGUAAUGCAAAGGGGCAUGCGACAUUGCACCAUCGUUAUUGGUGGUUUGUUUAUUCCGUCGUUCGAAGGAUUUGCCACACUUACAAGUAUGUCAAUUUCAUACUUUGCGAUGAUUCUUUCCCUCUUCUGAUUAUCGACAUAAGAUAGAAAUCGAAGCUUGAACCUCCGAUGCAAGUAGUUACAGCAUUCUUGUAGUAUACGCUUCAAAUAAAAAUAUAAUGCUACAGAUGCAAUUAGUAUAAAAUGUAUUGUUGCAUAUAAAAUAAAUGUAGGAAUAUGUUCUAUUAUUAAAUAUUACUUAACUUUUUAAUUUUUGUUCUACUGUUUCAAUUAGAAUACUAUUACCGUCUCGUUUUCCAUUAUAUUCAGAGUGACAUAAGAAAAAGUUUUUUAUUUUUACAAGAAAAUGAUUCUGACGGCACAACAUAAACGCAAAAACUUGCGUCAAAAAAUGAAAAAGAGCGAACCAUUAUUAUACAAUAAUAUCAUCAUUAUUAUGAUUCUUAAACUUCAAAAUCUACGUUUUUUUAGAUUCUUAUAUUAUUUAAUCUUUAGAUAAGAGGAUUUAACUAUUAAAUUGAAAACAGAAUAUAUAUAUCUAAAUGAUAUAAAUAUUCUUAAAUGAGAUUCUUUUCAUGUAAUUUCAACAUUAUAUUCUUCUCGUUGAUUUCAUCUUUAAUUUGAACUCAUUGUCCCUUUUAUUUUUGAAAACCAUAAUUUCUGAUUUAAUAAGUAAAAUUUACUUACAAAAUAAUUUUGA